GGAUCUGGUUCAGAUGCUUUUCGUGUCAGUGUUUCAAGUGCCCCUAGUACUUCGAGUCAUGGAUCUGCACCAGAUGACUAUGAUGCCCUGGGGGAUGUAUACAUAUGGGGCGAGGUUAUCUGUGAUCAUGUUAAAAUUGGUGCUGAUAAAAAUGUCAAUUAUUUCAGCCCAAGGGCAGAUGUACUUCUCCCUAGACCACUGGAAGCCAAUGUAGUUUUAGAUGUGCAUCAUAUAGCAUGUGGUGUUAGACAUGCUUCUCUAGUCACUAGGCAAGGUGAAGUUUUUACAUGGGGCGAAGAAUCAGGAGGACGCCUUGGUCAUGGUGUUGGGAAGAAUUUGGUUCAACCUCGUCUAGUUGAAGCGUUGACUUCUACAACUAUUGAUUUUGUUGCCUGUGGAGAGUUUCAUUCAUGUGCUGUUACAAUGGCUGGGGAACUAUACACAUGGGGUGAUGGUACACAUAAUGCAGGGCUUCUUGGUCAUGGAAGUGAUGUCAGCCAUUGGAUACCAAAGAGAAUUGCCAAUUCAUUAGAGGGACUUCAAAUUGCAUUUGUUGCUUGUGGUCCAUGGCACACAGCGCUGAUAACUUCAACAGGGCAGCUGUUUACAUUUGGGGAUGGAACAUUUGGUGUCCUGGGCCAUGGAAAUAAGGAAAAUGUUUCAUAUCCUAAAGAAGUGGAAUCCUUGUCUGGACUGAGGACAAUAGCUGUAGCAUGUGGGGUGUGGCAUACUGCAGCUGUUGUAGAAGUUAUGGCAACACACUCCAGUACAAGUGUAUCAUCAGGUAAAUUGUUUACUUGGGGUGAUGGAGACAAAAAUCGCCUUGGACAUGGGGACAAGGAGGCACGUCUUAAACCAACUUGUGUGCCUGCGCUUAUUGAUUACAAUUUUCAUAAAAUUGCUUGUGGACACAGUUUGACAGCAGGCCUGACAACAUCUGGACGUGUUUUUACUAUGGGAAGUACUGUUUAUGGUCAACUUGGGAAUCCCCAGUCUGAUGGGAAGCUUCCAUGCUUGGUUGGAGACAAGAUUGCUGGGGAAUGUGUUGAAGAAAUUGCUUGUGGUGCGUAUCAUGUUGCUGUAUUAACAUCCAAAAAUGAAGUUUAUACUUGGGGGAAAGGUGCAAAUGGGAGAUUGGGUCAUGGAGAUAUCGAAGAUCGAAAUACACCAGCUUUGAUUGAAGCACUGAAGGAUAGACAUGUGAAAUAUAUAGCUUGUGGUUCAAACUACUCUGCUGCCAUAUGCCUUCAUAAGUGGGUAUCUGGUGCCGAGCAGUCUCAGUGCUCUACUUGUAGGCAGGCGUUUGGCUUUACAAGAAAGAGGCAUAAUUGUUAUAACUGUGGAUUGGUCCACUGCCAUUCGUGCAGUUCAAGGAAAGCAUUAAGAGCAGCAUUGGCUCCUAAUCCCGGCAAGCCAUAUCGUGUGUGUGAUUCUUGCUAUGUAAAAUUGAACAAGGUUGCUGAAGCUAGCAAUAGUAAUAGAAGGAAUGCCUUGCCUCGUUUGUCAGGUGAAAACAAGGAUAGACUAGACAAAUCUGAUCUGAGAUUAUCCAAGGCAAUAAUUCCUUCUAAUGUGGAUUUGAUAAAGCAACUAGAUAAUAAGGCAGCCAAGCAAGGAAAGAAAAAUGAUACAUUCUCUCUGGUACGCACCUCACAACCACCUUCUCUGCUACAGCUGAAAGAUGUUGUCAUGUCCACUGCUCUUGAUCUGAGACGAACAGUCCCAAGACCGGUGGUUGCACCAUCAGGAGUAAGUUCCAGAUCUGUGUCACCUUUUUCGAGAAGAACAAGCCCCCCUCGCUCAGCUACUCCAAUUCCAACAACUUCAGGACUUUCCUUCUCGAAAAGUAUUUCUGAUAGCUUGAAGAAGACAAAUGAUCUUUUAAAUCAAGAAGUGCAGAAGUUACAUGCUCAGGUUGAGGGCCUGAGACAGAGAUGUGAACUGCAAGAAUUAGAGCUUCAAAGGUCAGCAAAAAAGACUGAAGAAGCUAUGUUACUGGCUGCUGAGGAAUCUGCAAAAUGUAAAGCUGCAAAAGAAGUUAUAAAGUCACUCACAGCACAGCUCAAAGAUCUAGCCGAGAAGCUUCCUCCUGGAGUUUAUGAUACUGAGAACAUAAGACCAGCUUACCUACCAAAUGGUCUUGAGCCAAAUGGCAUCCACUAUCCAGAUUCAAAUGGGGAGCAGCAGCACUCCAGAGCAGAGUCAAUCAGUGGCUCUAGUUUGGCUUCCAUGGGACUUGAAUCCUCUCUACUGAAUAGAACUGCGCGGAAUUCACCAGGAACCAAUGGAACUAAUCUUCACCAGCAAAUCCGGAGCCCUGUGAUCUCUAAUGGGACCAAUACUUAUCCAGAUGUUAAAUUGCCAAACGGUGGUGGUGUAAUUCAUGCAGGUAGCGGUAGCACAGCUGAUGAUGGUAGGGAUUCUGGGAAUUUUCACAAUGACGAGAGUGGUCUGAAAUCAAGGAAUGCUGUACCUGCUGCUAAUACUAAUCAAAUUGAAGCAGAAUGGAUUGAACAAUAUGAACCUGGUGUCUACAUAACACUUGUGGCACUGCGUGAUGGAACUAGAGAUCUGAAGCGAGUACGCUUCAGCCGAAGGAGAUUUGGAGAGCACCAAGCAGAAACCUGGUGGUCGGAGAACCGGGACAAGGUAUAUGAAAGAUACAAUGUUCGCAGUGCAGACAAACCUGCCGGCCAGGCGGCACGUAGUUCAGAAGGGGCUGGUUCACCUGUUUCCCAAACUUAGGAGUAGGGAGAGGAAAGCCCUCCAUUAACAUUUUAUCACACUGAGCAACACUAUAGGGAAGCAAGAAAGCAUUUGAGGAAUCCUUGUUUGUUGGUGGUUCUUAUGUCUAUCCCUAUUCUCUUCUCAGUCUUCUUUUACCCCUUGCCUCAUUCCCUCUUUAAACUAAUUGUCUUCCAUUUAAUCUGGGAAGAUGCCCUUUACAUUUUGUAGUGUAGUGUAUAUAAAAUCACCAGUUCUGAUCAUUUUGACCAAGGAACUACCCUUACCCAUUUCUCCUUCCAUUUUCUUGUUCU